GUGAUUGGUGGUGAUCGAUGUUUCCGGACACGUGUCCUAAGUGUUACCGGAGCCGCCGUGAUGCAGCAUCAGCAACAGCAGGACAUACAGAAUGUUCCCAUUGACAUCCAGACCAGCAAACUGCUGGAUUGGUUGGUGGAUCGGAGACAUUGUACGCUUAAGUGGCAGAGCAAGGUACUGCAGAUUAGAGAGAAGAUGAACCAAGCACUGCAGGACAUGCCAGAACAUGAAGAUAUCAGGAAUCUGCUGUCAGGAGCAUAUAUCAAUUACUUCCACUGCUUAAGAAUUGUUGAGAUUUUAAAGGCAACAGAAGCAGCUAGCAAGAACCUGUUUGGACGAUACUCCUCCCAGAGAAUGAAGGACUGGCAGGAGGUGAUAUCCCUAUACCAGGCUGAUAAUACCUAUCUUGCGGAGAGUGGCAGUCUGUUGGUGCGCAGUGUGAGCUACGAGAUCCCAGCUUUGAAGAAACAGAUGACUCGGUGUCAGCAACUUGUAGUAGAGAGUGAGCGUCGAGCAGAAGAGUGUGUUCAUGGAGCAGCAGAGCAGCGUGAGCAGUAUUAUAGCAGCUGUAAACGCUAUGGAAUCAAUGGAGUGGAUAUUCACAAGGAACUACAGAUGUUGGUUUGUGAUGUCCCGGCAGUGCUAAGACAGGUAGCAGUAGACACUGCUGCACUCUUACCAGCAAUCCAGCUGUAUCAGGCCUGUGUGACUUUUGUCUGUGACAGCUCCCCAGAACAGGCUCUUGUCCUUCUCCGGUAUGUGCAGGAACAUGGAGACACCACUAUGUAUGAAUGGCGCAUCGGUGAGGCCCCAGAGACCGUAGAGCGGCCACAAGUGAAUGAAGUUGAGGAGGUUCCUCAGUGCACAGGGGAUACAGAUAUUGACUGGGGAGACAUGGGGUUAAAUAUAGAUACUUCUGCUCAACAGACUACAGAGGAGAUAGACUGGGGCAUUGUUUCAGAGUCUGAGGCUGUAGGAGCAGACGGUAUAAUCUGGGGCACUGAAGAGACCGGGCCUGUGGAAAUUAUCACCGUGCUGAAAGAUGGCCUUGAUGUCCCUCAAGGUGUUGCACGGGGAUCUGAUGCACUCACUGUACUGGAAAACACAGAAAGUCGAAAUCAAUUUGUUGAUGAAUUAAUGGAGUUGGAGCUCUUCCUGUCUCAGUGGCUCCAGGAUCUGGAUGGUGAUACGGACAUUGUCACCGUUACACAGUUCCAAGCAGCUCCACCUAUUUUGCAGGGACAAAGCCGGGAUAAGGUAGCUGCCAUGCUAAUACAGGUUCGGAAUCUUAUUAGCCGCUUGACAGAUGUCAGAAUGCGCCAUCUUUUCCUGAUUCUUGCAUCUCCACGGUAUGUGGAUCGUGUAACAGAUAUACUACGACAACGUCUGAAGCAGGCCGAACUCCUGGAAAAGAAGAGGGAGGCCUGGUUGGAGAGAGGAAAAUCGGCUGAGGAGGAGAGGGUUAGCCUGCAACCAAAGUUGUUACUUCUUCAGGAGAGAAGUUGUGAACUUCAGAAGCAGAUUGAAGCAGACCUAUCUCGGAGGUAUAACAACCGCCCUGUGAAACUAAUUGGAACUGGACUUUAAUCAUCAUCAUGUGUCUUCAGAUUCGGGACUAGUUUAUACAUUAAAGCAUUAUGUCUAAAAUGUGUAUAA